AUGUUACGGUUAACCAUUAAAUCUUAUGUCUUUACAUCUUAUAUCUAUCUAUCAUCAUCUAUCUAUUCAUCUAUCUAUCUAUCUAUCUCAUCUGCAUAUUUGUUUCAUUCAUUCUAUCUAUCUAUCUAUUCAUCUAUCUAUCAUAUAUCUAUCCAUUUUUGUUCACAUUUAUCUAUUCAUCUAUUAUUUCAUCAUCUAUCUGUAAUUAAAUCUGAAAAAUCAUCCUUCAUUGAUUUAUCUUUGUUCAAAUCUAUUUAUCUAUCUAUCUAUCUAUCUAUUCCCUCCCUAUCUAUCUCUCUAUAUCUAUCUAUCUGUCUAUCUAUCUCAGCAUAUCUAUCUAUAUUUAUCUGGGAAGAUUCCCACAGACCCCUUUUUGCCUAUCUAUCUAUCUAUCUAUCUAUCAUAUAUUUAGAAAAUGUAAUUAAUCUAUCUAUUCUAUCUAUAAAUCUAUCUCAGACUAUUUCUAUCAAUCUAUCUAUCUAUCUGUCUCAUUUUGUUUUCUUUUUUUUCUAUCUAUUUAUCUAUCUAUCUAUCUAUUCAUCUUAUUAUCUAUCUUUAUAA